AUGAUAUUUGUCAGCUGUUAUGCAGCUCUUGCUGUCUCCAUCUACACACACGCAUACAUUUGUAAUCUCGACAUUCGUGAAUGUGAUCAACUUCCUCUUUAUCUUUCUCCUGUCCAGCGCUUCCACUGUCUACUUGAACUUCUCUAUGAUGCUGUAGGCGUAGCAGCAGCAGUUGUUGUUGUUGUUGUUGUUGUCGUCGUCGUCAUUGUUGUAAUUCUUCUUCUUGCUGAAGAGGGCUUAGCAGUUGCAAGAGAAACACAAUUAGAGGACCUUGUCGUGCUCCUUCGGACAGACAGGCACUCAAAGAGCUGCCUGCUCCUCUCUUACGUGCGCUCUUACCGCUGUACACCGUCUUCCCCUACCCGUCGGACGUGGGCGAACCAAGCGCCUGGUAUGUCACUAGCCCAUUUCGGUCCGGGUCUGCCCGGUCCUGACCGGUCUGCUCUGCUCGGCCCAGUCCUCUCUCCGUGGCUGGCCAGCAGGGUGUUCGGCCUCUGCUAUUUCGGCUUGUUCCAGCCAGAGAUUGCCUUUCACAAGCCUGGAUGCAUUGCUUCUCUCGCAUCUCUGUUCGUCCAUGCCUUUUGUUCCACUUGCUCUUCUAUU